AUGGUACCUGAGGCGAAGUCCAAGGGAGCAUGUACGGCGUCCCUGGACAAGGAGGUGGUUUGCGAAGCCAAGUCAGAGGAGUCACCUUGUGGUUUGGCAAGGACGCCUGCAGGCAGCGCGCUGGCUUCGGUGCCCGCGGUAGCCAGGUCGGAUGCCAUCGCCACGGUAGCAGGAGGAGGUUCUUCGUCGGUGCAUAGGAAGCUCCCAAGCUUCGCUGAGCCCAUUCCCAAUGUGACAGUGGCAGCAGGACGAGAAGUGACCCUGACAUGCGUCGUGGACAACCUCGGCAGCUUCAAGGUGGCCUGGAUACACACGGACCGCCACAUGCUGAUCUCGAUGCACGACAACCUGAUCACGACCAACCCGCGGUACAACAUCGCACACAACGGCCACCGCACGUGGCAGCUGCACGUGCGCGACGUCGAAGAGGCGGACCACGGCGAGUACAUGUGCCAGAUCAACACAAACCCCAUGAAGAAGAUGAUGGGCUACCUGCACGUCGUCGUUCCUCCGAGGAUCGACGAUGAGAACACGAGCUCUGACGUGGAGGUGCGCGAGAACAGCGACGUGUCCCUGCGUUGCCGAGCCACGGGCACCCCCGAACCGGUCAUCAAGUGGAGGAGGGAGGAUGACGCACUCAUACUUCUCUCCGGAAAGAAAGGGGUGCCCAGCUAUCAAGGCGAGUACCUGAACAUGAGCAAAGUGACGCGGCUGCACAUGGGGCCGUACCUGUGCAUCGCCUUGAACGGCGUGCAGCCGUCCGUGAGCAAGCGUAUACUACUCAAGGUUGACUUCGCGCCCAUGAUUUGGCAACCCAACCAGUUGGUGGGCGCGCCGCUGGGCGCCGACGUGACUCUCGAGUGCAACCUGGAGACGCAUCCUCGCGGCAUGACCUUCUGGGAGCGAGACGACGGAACCAUGCUCAUCUCGAACGCCAAGUACGACUCGCUGGUGGUAGAGACCGGGCCCUACAGGCUCCUGCUGCGCCUCACCAUACGCGAUUUGAAGCCUGACGACUUCGGCACCUACAAGUGCGUCUCUAAGAACCCCCUCGGCGAGACCGAGGCCAACAUCAAGCUCCAAGAAAUACCUCGACCGACGUCUUCGACUGCGGCGUCCUCCAAAGAGUUUCAAACCAAGAAACACUGGGAGACAACCUCAACGCAGCAAUCCAAUGGACCUCGACAUCAUUUGGGAACUCACGCUUCAAACGCUCUGCUCAAAGAAGGGCGCCGAGGAGAGUAUUCUACUGAAGAAGAAGGCACUCAAGGGUACCCUCCUCCAAACUUUAAUCAGGAGUUCGAGAGAUCCGGCCUACCCUCCCUCCCUGGAGGAGGACCGGAGGCCCUGUCUUAUCACCACUUCAAGGGCUUGCUGGAUGGCCCACAGUUGAUCCUGGAGUUCGGAGCUGCGCAGAGCGGCCGUACGCCGCACCGCAACUUCAUCUGGGGAGAGUGCGUUUUCUUCUGCUCAAACUGCGCAUUCCCAGAGAAUGCACCAAAGUCAUGCAGGGGAUGCCAGACUAAACGUCGCCGACGCAAGAAAUACUUCCGGUGUGACUCAGCCACUCGUUGGCGCCCCCUGCUCGUCUGCAAGCGCCCUUCCUUCCGGGUCGAAAUUGUCUUCCGGUCGCAGUAUGGCCAGCGGCGCCUCGCUGAGUGCGAUUCUUGA